AUGCUGUUAGAGGACUUUAAUGCCCGUACCAGCAAUCUGAAAGAUUUUGUAUCAAAAGAAGGUAACACUUUCAUAAAUGACAUCUCUGAAACAUCUUUUGAACCAAAAACCAGAGAAAGUUUUGAUAACUCUACUAACCAGCAUGGUAAAAGUCUUGUUGAAAUUUUCAAAAAUUGCAACAUGAGAAUUCUGAAUGGAAGAACUCUUGGUGACUCGUUUGGUAAACUCACUUCCCAUCACAAAAAUGGAACUAGUGUAGUUGACUAUAUAAUCUGUGACCAAGAGCUUACACAAACCAUCGAAAAUUUUAUUGUCAAACCACCAACCUCCUUAUCUGACCACAGUCAAAUUGUGACGUGGAUCAGAACAAAGCAACAUAUUAACUCAACUAGCAACAUAUGA